UACAUUUCUUGUUUGGUCUGUCGAAGACAUUGCAAAGCCUGUCUCGCUCUCUCUCUCUCUCCUUCCAUUGCUUCUGAUUCUUUGUCUCUUUAAUAGCCUUGCUUUAACUAUCUUGUUGCGGUUGGUUCCAUUUCCACCAUUAAUGCUUUCUACAGAGAGAGAGAGAGCUGAAAUUUUCAAGAUUUGACCCUUUCUGGUGUUUUAUGAUAUCAAGUCUCUUUGCUUAACGUGUGAGUGUCUGCACGAGGAUGCGGCAUUGAUGAAAUUUAAGAUUAAUUAUCACAUUUCACUCUUCGAAGUCUGUUUAACUCCGUCAAGUGCGCAGAUUUCUCAUAUGGGCAUCCAUGGUUUCCAAUUUUCUCAUUUGGGUUGUCCAAAAAUUUUGCAUAUCUUAUUGUUUCUUGAUUGCACUAAUCGUGAUUAGUCAAACUCUAAUCCAAAGAUUAGUUUUUUUCCUCCUCCGACAGUAAAGAGAGAGAAGCAGAGCCGAAAAAGGAGCAGAGCAGAACAGGAACAGUGAGGUGUCUGAGUUUUGCUUGAGGUUCUUGUUUCUCGGGCCACGCCGCUCGUGUCUGUUCCUCGUGCGCUUCGCUGCAACAGAUCUCAAAUUCCAAGACCCUUAAUUGCUGCCAAUUUUGCUCGAGACAUUCAAUCGGAUUGGUCAUCGCCAUUGAUGAACCAGUAACAGAGGAGAGAGAGAGAGAAGGGUCUCUUUCGCCACUAUUUAUAACCCUUCAGUUUCUCCGCCAUUUCUGUUCUAGGUUUCGGUUUCGCCUCUUGUACGGACAAACGGGUGAACAUUUCUUGUUUUUUUUUUGAAAAAAAAAAUGUCGAUCCGACCCACUUCCUCGUCGGUGACAGAAUUGACUUGUGACGGUUGCUUUGCAUGGAGACAAAGGGAGUGAAACCCGGUCCGAGAGCCGCGUGGGCUACAGCAGCACAUAUAAAGAGACGAGCUUUCCGCUUUGUUUGAUCUGUUGGGUUCAGUUUAUAUGUGAAGGAGAUUGGUUCUCAAGUGCUGUAAGAGAUGUCGAGUUCUGAUGGGAGUGAACUGGAUGUGUUCUUCGAUUCAUCCGAGGUUUUGUCCGCUGAUGAAUCAGUUGCAGAUGAAGAAGGGUUCGGGGAUGGAGAGCUAGGGUUUAGGGUUUGGUCAUGUGAACCAGAGAGCGUGGUGAGAAGGCGUGAACGUUUUCUCGAGAAAAUGGGUUUCUUCGAGUUUGUUUCCCACGAGAAGAUCAUCAAUGGAUCCUCGUCUGAUCCGGCAUGUCUCGACAGGAUGAGCGUUUGUAACGAUGAAGCUACCAGCUCUUCAGCUGAAGGGACUUCCCAGUUUCUUGGACGGGAACAGAACAGCGGCUCGAGUUCCUUGUCGGAUGAAGACUUAAAACACUUGAACAAGGAAGACGACGGUUCCGGAGAGCACUUGAAGAACAGAUUCAAGAGUUUCAGCAAGAAGAGGACUAAGAAAUGGUUGCUGAAAUUUUUGGGUAAGGAUUACAGUUUCACGCCGCCGAAGCAGAGUAGCAGACGCAUUAGCAAGGUGAAGGAGAAGGCGAAGAAGAAAUCUCACCGGGAGUUAACCAAAGUGCAAGAGAUCGAAGGGCAUAAAGGAAUGAUAUGGGCAAUGAAGUUUAGUCCUGACGGCAAGUUCUUGGCCACUGGAGGGGAAGAUGGAGUUCUACGAAUAUGGAAGGUUACGUUAUCGGAUUCUAUCCAAGAAGAUGAAGCAAGCUAUGGGUUAGCUGCCAGCAAGAAGUUCAGGAACCAACCACUGGUUCUUCUGCCAGAGAAAGUUUUACACAUUGAGGAGCAACCAGUUCAAGAGCUUCACGGCCAUGGGGAUGAGAUACUUGACUUGGCAUGGUCAGAUUCAAACCUUCUUGUUUCGGCUUCCAAGGACAAGACUGUGCGGCUAUGGCGAAUGGGUAGCCACCAUUGUCAACAUGUAUUCCAUCAUAAUAACUACGUGACUUGUGUUCAGUUCAACCCUGUGAACAAGAACCAUUUCAUCAGCGGCUCCAUAGAUGGAAAAGCUCGAAUCUGGGGAUUGUCUGAAGAGAGAGUCGUCGCUUGGGCUGAUGCUCGUGACGCCAUUUCCGCAAUCUGCUACAAACCCGACGGAAAGGGGUUCGUCGUUGGCGCCAUCACCGGAACUUGCUGCUUCUAUCAAACCUCAGGAAACGAUGUUGAAAUGGAGGAGCAGAUUCGUGUUCCGGGACGGAAGAAAACCUCCGGCAACAAAAUCACCGGCGUCCAGUUUUGCCCGGAAAAUUCCGACAAGCUCUUGGUUUCCUCGGACGACUCGAAACUCAGGAUGUUUCACAGAACCCAUAUCCUCCACAAAUUCAAAGGUCCCGGAAAUUCGAGAAACCAAUCGUCGGCGUCUUUCGUCUCCUCCGGGAAACACAUCCUCUCAAUCGGAGAUGAUUCUAGGGUUUACCUCUGGAGCAACGACGGAUCGCGAAACGCGCCGGAACCGCAAACGCAAUCGCGGAGAAACGCGAGAUACUCGCGUCCUAGCGAGUGGUUUCACUCGCCGGACGUCUCGUCGAUUAAAGAAAUAAAAGGGAAAGACAUCGAGACAAAUCAUGUCAUGAGUGAUUAUGAUGAUGAUACUAGUGGUGCUAAAGACUUUUCACACAUGAACCUCGCUGAUGAUUUUGCCCAUCCUGAAGAUGAAACCGGUUAUGAAUAA